GCAAAGUCCCGCACCAUAAUGGUGCGCCUCAUAUCGAUGGCCAUGACCGGCUACUACCGAACCCUGAUGCGACCGCGCGCACACCGUCCGCUGAGCAUGCUGAAAUACGAUCCGAUCGUGAGGAAGCAAGUCCUUUUCCUCGAACAGAAGCGUGGCAAGAAAUAG